UCACUGCUGCUGGGUCACACCAUGCACAGGAGGCAGAAACCCAGCGCUCCAGAACACAAGAGGGAUCUUGCAGCUCAUGGAGGAGCUCUGUCCAUGUCCCACAAUGACACACGCUCUUUUUUCAACCUCUCUCAGCUUGUGCUCUCUGCUGGCCAUUUCAAAUCACCACCAGUGCUCAAACAUUCAAAAAUCACUUACUUUGAAGUGGAAAUUCUUGAUGUGCAAAGCAAGAAGCAGAUCUGCAUUGUGGACAAGGUACCUCCAUCAUCUACCCUUCUUGAUGUGAAACACAAAUUUCACAAAGCAUGUCCCCAGUGGUACCCUUCCCGUGUUGGCCUGCAACUAGAACGCAAUGGGCCCUAUUUGAAGGAUUCCAUUAACAUUCAAAGCCUUGCUGUUUCCUCCAUCAUUACACUGUAUUUUACAGACCUGGGUCAGCAGGUCGGUUGGACCACAUUUUUUCUAACAGAAUACACCGGGCCUCUUCUAAUAUAUCUGCUCUUUUAUAUUCGUCUCUCAACUAUUUAUGAUCAAGUGGAAAGUACAAAGAACUUCCGCCACCCAGUGGUUCACUUGGCCUGCUUCUGCCAUUGUGUACACUACAUCAGACAUCUUCUGGAGACAUUAUUUGUUCACAAGUUUUCGGGAGGGCACACUCCUCUGAAAAAUAUGAUAAAGGGUUGUGCCUUUUACUGGGGAUUCACUUCCUGGAUUGCAUACUACAUCAACCAUCCACGAUAUACGCCACCAUCAUUUGGCCACAGACAAGUUUCUUUUGCUGCCCUUGCUUUUCUGAUGUGUGAAGCUGGAAAUCACUUUAUCAAUGUAGCUUUAGCUCACCAAAAUCAUUCAGGAAGUAAAGCCUGUUUUCCAAGUCCAACCUACAACCCCUUCACGUGGCUCUUCUUGCUGGUAUCCUGUCCCAACUAUACGUAUGAGGUCGGGUCUUGGAUUAGUUUCACAGUGAUGACACAAACCCUGCCAGUUGGCAUUUUUGCUUUCCUGAUGGUCAUCCAAAUGUCUCUCUGGGCCCAAAAGAAACACAAGCUGUACCUGAAGAGAUUUUAUCCAGAGGUGCGGAGAAAAGCAGCUAUGAUUCCUAUCAUCUUCUAAGCUCUUCGCAAGAGUUGGAGCCUCAGUGUACGGUUCAAGAGCUAACUCAGAGUAAAUGAGCCUUUUCAUUCAGUAACCAAAGUGGAUCAGAGGAAGAACUACUGGAUAUCUUUUUCAGAAAAUUAACAGUUCAAGACGAAGAGCUUUUAAUUAAGUGAAAAAAUAUAGCUCUUGAAUUCUUGGUUCCUGCUAAAAGAUAUGAUUUAAUUAGAGUUUCUGUAAUGGAGCUAAUUGGGAAGGGACAAGAAAAUUGCUUAUGUUGAAUGUUAGGCUAGAUAUUUAGCUGGUAAAAAUGGGCACAGAUGCUGUUAGAAUUAACAAAUACAGCUCAUCUGCAUGCAUUCAGGUCUAGUGAUUUUAAGGUUCAGUGUUAGAUGUUGACUAGAGUCUUGAAUUUUUGCAUCAGAAGAUGUUUCACAGCCUUAUUUUAUUAAACUGCACAGAAACAGCAUGUUCUGCCUCAGCUCCUCUAAAGGAUCACAUCAAAGAACGACUGCUAUGCUGUUAACACAGUUUAGUCUAGCUUUACAAGGUUUUUCUUCUUUUUUUUUUUAAUUGAAUCUCAUAGAAAAUUGUUCAAUACAAAUUGGCUUAAAUUGAUCACUGCACAGAGGUCUGGCUUUCUUUUAUUUUCAGGUAGGCAGAUCAGCCCCACGAUCCCAGGAGGGGACUGUUUGUGAGGUGCUUCCCAAUUUGCUACUAAUUUGCAGCAUGACCUUGGGUACAUCAUUUAAGUCCAUCCCCCUUUCUCACAUUGAACAGUUCUGGAAAUAGCAGAAGACUUUCUGGACUAACAAGCGUGUUAAGAUCC